UCAACCAACGAAUGGUCUCUUCUACCAUUUCUAUGUUCCGGGGCCUUCAUAAAAGCAUCUGCAAAUUGCGAACAACUGCACAAAACUCUGCAUCACAGAUCCAGCCAUCCACCCAGCCAAGAGAAUCAAGAGAGGGAAAAUGGAGGGCGCGAUUCAGGUUGUGACCAUCGUCGGGAAGCUGCUGGGCGAGGAGUACCGGCAAAUCCGAGGCGUCGGCGGCCAGGUGGCUGAGCUCGGCGACGAGCUGGCCACCAUGAACACCAUCCUCCUCAUGAACUCGGAAACUGACGAGGUCUUCAUUGACCACUUCGUCCGGGAGUGGAUGAAGCAGGUACGCGAGCUCGCCUACGAUGUAGAGGAUUGCAUUCAGCUCUACAUCCUCCGCAUCCCCCGGUUCCGGGCACGGCAAAGAGACCGCUUUCUCGUCUGGCCCAAACACAUGGUCAAGACGAUCCUCUCUCGCCGUCGACUGGCUUAUGAGAUCAAGGAACUCCGUGCUCGUGCUGUCGUGAUCAGCGAGCGCCACGCGCGUUAUGGCGUCACCCGCGAGGCGCUGGGCCGCUCUACCUCUCCCUACUUAGCCACCCCCGCGCCGGCGCCGGAGCCAGUGCUGGGUCCUCCCGUCGUUCGGCCGGCUGCAAACCAGUAUGUGGGCAUCACGGAGCAGGCAAACAAACUGGCUGAGAUGGUGAAGGGGCUGACUGGCAAUGAGGGUGGCAUGACGCUCAAGGUGUUCUGCAUCGUGGGGUUCGGUGGAAUCGGGAAGACUACCCUGGCGAGGGAGGUGUGCCUGCAGCUAGAGACGGAGUUCCAACGCCAAGCGCAAGUGUCCGUAUCCCGGGCAUUUGACGGCAUGAGGGAUAUGAAGGGAUUGCUGAAGCGCAUGCUUCAGCAGAUGGUAAAGCAGAAAGCAGAUAACGCGGAAGGCAUCAACAAAGAGGACCCCCUAAAUGGCAUCGACGAGAUGAAUGUAGAGCAGCUCACCUACAAGCUCAUGGAGGUUCUCAGGGACACGAGAAAAUAUUAG